AGGGGCUCUGCAGAAAUCCGAGCAGCCAGAGCCUUGCAGCAGGGAAGAAAAGGCUGGUGAACACACACGCAGAGAAAGAGACAUAGACACAGGGGUCAAACGCUAAGCCCGUCCCUUUGGCUGUCUACACAGCCAGCCGUGGGUGGGGAAGGAGGAGGAGGAAGGAGAAGGACGCGAGCAGAAAGAAGCCUUGGCGUCGCCGCUCGCCUGCAGAACUGGGAAGGGAGCGACUGCAGCACAGCCACCUCGCCCGCGCUCCCAAUGGCUCCGGCUGCCGAGUGAAGCGAGCGACGAGCUCGGUCCCUGGCGGCUGAACGCGCCUGGCGAGGCUGAAGGACGGAGCCGAGGGCGCAGUGAACGCCUCCAGCCAUGGCGGGGACGGAAGGCGUCACGGCAGAUGUCGCUUCAACAGCUGCCUAUGCAUCUCCAGCUAGAAGUCUGGGAGACCCAGGGAUAACACCUCUGUCCCCAUCCCACAUUGCGAAGGACUCUGAUGCAAAUGACGCAGAGGAGCAGUCCUAUCCUGUUGUUGUGGCUAUAGAUUUUGGCACAACAUCCAGCGGCUACGCCUACAGCUUCACCAAGGAACCAGAAUGCAUUCAUGUAAUGAGGCGAUGGGAAGGAGGAGAUCCUGGUGUGUCGAAUCAGAAAACACCAACCACUAUCCUUUUAACUCCAGAAAGAAAAUUCCACAGUUUUGGUUACGCAGCCAGGGAUUUCUAUCAUGACCUAGAUCCUAAUGAAUCAAAGCACUGGUUGUAUUUUGAGAAAUUUAAGAUGAAGCUUCACACAACUGGUAAUCUCAAUCUGGAAACAGACCUGACAGCUGCAAAUGGCAAGAAAGUCAAGGCACUUGAACUAUUUUCUUAUGCUCUGCAGUACUUCAAGGAACAAGCAUUAAAGGAGCUGAGCGAUCAGGACUCCGGGUUUGAAAACUCAGAAGUGCGCUGGGUCAUCACAGUGCCAGCUAUCUGGAAGCAGCCGGCAAAGCAGUUUAUGAGGCAAGCUGCGUACAAGGCAGGAAUGGCAUCCCCAGAAAACCCUGAGCAGCUCAUAAUUGCCCUGGAGCCAGAGGCUGCAUCCAUCUACUGCAGGAAGCUCCGCCUUCAUCAGAUGAUAGACUUAAGCAGCAAAGGGCCUGUCAAUGGUUAUAACCCAAGUGAGACCAUUGCCACUGGCUUUACACCAGCUAAAGAACACAUUCGGCGUAACCGUCAAAGCCGCACCUUUAUGGUUGAAAAUGUCAUAGGAGAGAUCUGGUCCGAGUUGGAAGAAGGCGACCGUUACAUAGUUGUUGAUAGUGGAGGAGGGACAGUUGAUGUUACAGUCCACCAGAUAAGGUUACCUGAAGGACACUUAAAGGAACUCUACAAGGCAACAGGUGGGCCGCAUGGUUCCUUAGGGGUAGACUAUGAAUUUGAAAGACUCCUGUGUAAAAUAUUUGGAGAAGAUUUUAUUGAACAAUUUAAGAUCAAGCGGCCUGCUGCCUGGGUUGAUCUGAUGAUAGCGUUUGAAUCACGCAAAAGGGCGGCAGCACCAGAUCGGACUAAUCCACUCAACAUCACCCUGCCUUUCUCGUUCAUUGACUACUACAAGAAAUUUCGAGGACACAGUGUGGAACACGCCUUAAGGAAAAGCAAUGUAGAUUUUGUGAAGUGGUCAUCACAAGGAAUGCUGAGGAUGAGUCCUGAUGCAAUGAAUGCUCUCUUCAAGCCUACCAUUGAUGAAAUCAUACAACACCUCAGUGAUUUGUUUGAAAAGCCGGAAGUAACUAAUGUGAAGUUCCUCUUCCUGGUGGGCGGAUUUGCUGAAGCUCCGCUACUACAGCAAGCUAUCCAGAAUGCUUUUGGCUCCAAAUGCCGAAUCAUUAUUCCUCAGGAUGUGGGGCUCACGAUCCUCAAAGGAGCAGUCUUAUUUGGUCUGGAUCCGGCUGUCAUUAAAGUGCGCCGCUCUCCCCUGACCUACGGGGUAGGAGUCCUGAAUCGUUACGUGGAGGGCAAGCACCCUGCAGAAAAGCUGCUAGUUAAAGAUGGCACCCGCUGGUGCACGGAUGUCUUUGACAAAUUCAUUUCUGCUGACCAGUCGGUGGCUCUUGGGGAGACUGUGUCGCGCAGCUAUACACCUGCCAAGCCUUCGCAGCUGGUCAUUGUGAUCAACAUCUACAGCUCGGAACAUGACCACGUCAGUUUCAUUACUGAGCCAGGGGUGAAGAAGUGUGGCACUCUGCGCCUGGAUCUCACAGGAACUGAUACGUCCGCGCCAAGCAGGAGGGAGAUCAAAACACUAAUGCAAUUUGGGGACACUGAGAUCAAAGCCAUGGCAAUUGACGUUGCCACUUCUAAAAGUGUCAAAGCUGGUAUUGAUUUCCUAAACUACUAAUGCUCUUCCUCUGCCCACCACCUGUUAGUCCAACACUCUGUUCUCUCAUUUUUCAUGCGUCACCAGAAUGGACUUGCAUUUCAGCCAGACGGAAAAAGGAGAGAACCAUUAGAAGGGAAACGUCAGGCAUUUUUGUUGUUGUUGUUCUCAAAAUUAUCUGUUCAGGAAUCCGAAAUUUACAUGGUUAUCAGGUGCUAAACAUGAACGGAAUAAUCCAAAAUGGCUAAAUGCAUUGUGAGAAUUAGUCGUUGAAAUAUCACUGCCCUCUUGAUUGGGAAAACAAAUCGUUUUACUGGAAGUAUUCCACAUGUGCUGUAUUUGGGGCCCAAAAUGUCAAAGCUCAUAUUCAUGGUCCUACAUUGAAGACCCUAAUACAGCAAAUGGCAAGCUGUCUCACUGAUACCAACAAGUCUGCUUUGGACAGCAGGAGGUCAUCACUGCAGCCCUAAAUUAAAGUGGUCCUCUCAAGUGCUGCUGUUAAUUGUCAGUGGAGAUUUAUAGGUCUUUAGCAGUUUUAAAACCAGACCUCUCUUAUUUAUAUGCUUUGAUACGAGUGCUAGGGGUGAAGUAUCUAGCCUUUCUUUGUAAAAUAUGAAAAAACAGCACUUACCACCCAGGCAAAGUACAUUUACUUCUUGGGAAUAUAUGAUGACUGCUUCUGGUGGCUUUUGCUUCUGUUUUAGCAAACUUCCAAGCCACAAAGCAGAUUUGUUAAGGCUGCAGCCCAUUUAAAGGAAUCAAUGAAAUCUGCAAAACAUUCACUAAGUAAUGCAAGGAGCAUACAUUUCAAAUUAGCAGAUAUGAUACACAAUCUCAUCUUAGGACAGCCACACCCUUUUUAGGUGAAGGGGAAAAGGAUGAUGUUUGCCACCUGCAGUUUGUAUAAGUAGCUUGUAUAAAUACACAUUGUAUUUAAAACGAUGUGUUGGAUCCAGACUUUGCGAUAUCUAGAGCAGACCCACUGGAAUCAAUGGCACAGGCUAGUUGAUUAAGUGAAAUGAUUCCAGUGGAUCUACCCGAAGUUUUAAUCUAACCUGAUUAAUCCAGGAAUAGGGGAACCUGUAGCCCUCCAAUUUCCACCAGUCCCAGUCAGAUCACCAAUGGUCAGAGAUGAUGAGAGUUACAGUCCAACGACAUCUGAACGGCUCUCCCUGGAUUAGCCAUUAACAUUGCAGCCCAAGUAUUUGAGUAUUUCUUCUUUUUUGUUCAUUGGAAAGAGAAGUUUUUUAAAAGUCUUUCUUUUCAACAGUUUUUACAAAUUUAAGAGCUCCCACCUCAUAUUUUACUUUGGGACUUUAUGUGAUAGGUAGGGAUUUUUUUUUUAAAAAAAAAACAUACUUCCAGCUAGCUGUUGGGCAGACCUCAUGCAAAAGAAAUGAAGGGGUAUGGUGGCAGUAGCUGCCCAGAAAGCACCUCUAUUCUCAGGUUGGAGAAAGCAAGAAGCCAUUUUCAUUGCCUCUCUCAUACUUGUUAAGAAACAGGAAAUAUAUACUGUGUUGGUCCUAGAAAGUGAGAUCCAGUAAAAGAAAAGGGAUACCUUUAUACAGGGCCAACUUAUUUCACCUGUUCAUGAAAGAACUAUAUAAAAUGCUUAUUGUUAUUUAGAAUGAUUCAUCAGGAAAAAAGAAAACAGGUUGUUAUAUCCACAACUCUAUAGAGAGUAGUUGGUUACUGUACCUGUCAUUCAUUUGCAUCCAAAAUACCGUAUUUUUUGCUCUAUAAGACCCACUUUUUCUCUCCUAAAAAGUAAGGGGAAAUGUAUGUGUGUCUUAUGGAGCGAAUGCAGGCUGCGCAGCUAACCCAGAAGCCAGAACAGCAAGAGGGAUUGCUGCUUUCAUUGCGCAGUGAUCCCUCUUGCUGUUCUGGCUUCUGAGAUUCAGAAUAUUUUUUUUCUUGUUUUCCUCCUCCAAAAACUAGGUGCAUCUUGUAGUCUGGUGUGUCUUAUAGAGCGAAAAAUACGGUACUUGCUUUCCCAUUCUCUUCCAUUGAUGUAACUGUAUACCCAGCCCUGAAAAACAUUAGCCAUGAAGUGGGCAAUUUCCAGCUUUCCUCCUCACCAGCUUCUGUGAUAAAGUACAUCCGGAAGAAGCUUAAAAUCUAUUGGGGGGGGGGUGAAUUGCCAGGAGAUACUGUACAUAUAGGCAGGACAGGAAGUUCAGCUGUAUUGCAUUUGGCCUGCAGAGGGAGCAUGAACACUGUUUCUCCAAGAAAUGAGAGACUCUCCUGCCCCUGCUCCCACACAACCUAAGAAAGGAACAUGGCACAUAUCUUGAGCGCUGCCAGCUUCAAAACUCUCAAAAGCUUUAGGCAACAAACUAGAUUCCCUUCCCGGUGUGAAUUAGAGCAGCUGAACAUAAGAAAUCCCCCCAACACAGAAGUUGCUUUAAACUGUGGUGUGAUGUGGCUGCGUCCACCUAACCAUUUCCUGGAUUUGCACAUGGCCUGCAGUUCUGCCAUUACUACAUACCAAAUGUGAUUAGAGGUGGCUUGGGGGAAAUACGUUUCUCUGUGCUGCAGGUCCUUCAAGACUGGCAAUUUGCAGCUUGGAGGCAGCUUCCAUGCCAUGCAGUCUAAAGCCACAAUGCAGGGCUUUUGAUAUGUAGUCACUUCCAGAUAGACUGGAUUUGCAGCCAGACACCCUCAACACCGAUGGAGAAGGUCAGCCAUAUUUCCCCGCCCACAACAUUUUGAAAACACAUUGUGAUCCACUGAACCCCAGUCAUGCAUCCAACACACCAGAACGUUACCGUAAUUGUGUAGUUACACCCUUUUCCAGUUAGCUAUGCAUGAGUGAAAAGCCAUAGACCCUUUUUACUUUUAAAAAUGUAAGAUUAUUGAUCAGGCACUUAUGUUUUAGGGGCCAUUGUGCAAAUGCUUAAAAAUUCAGUGAAGAAUUUUAAAGGGGCCCCAUUUGCAUUAUAUCCAUUAUAUAAUUCCCUGAUAGAAUGUGAAUAAGCUUUGCUGAAUUAGCUAUCACAGGGAUGGACUGGAUAAUUCUAGUCACAGUAUCUAGCUUGCUGUUCCUUAAAUAAUUAUUCUACUGAAUAAUUAGAAAGUGUGCAUGCUGGCUUUCCUUUGUUUUCAUCCUGUCUGCUGUGUUUUAAAGGCAAACGAUUUGUUUUUCUGUAUGUGUAAGUGUGUGUGGCCUUCCAUGGUUUACAAAUAAGCAACUCCUUUGGGUGAGCUAUGAACAAUAUUACGUGAUGUAUAUACAAUAUUUAAAUAUUGUACAGAUGCUUUCUUUCUAAAGUGCUAUUUUCUUGUACAGAGUGCUCUUUACCUCUGUUGAUUUGCAUUCAGUGGUUAAUUUUAAAUAACAUAGUUUCACAGUCUGCUUCAGUAAUUAUAGGCUUUUAAAGAUGGUGAGAUAUGAAAUGCACAAUGAUGAUCUUGUAAUAACAGGAGGGGAGCAUGAAGAGUGUCAGACAAUCCCACACUCUUCUUGCUAUGCAAAGAAUAGCAUACAGAAACACCUUUGGGUUUUGAAUUCUUUUUAACAGCCCCAGUUCCACUUGAAGUACCGUAAUGCAUAGGAAUGACAAUGGUUAAAGGCCUUUUGUACAUCAGGUCUUCUUCUCCUACCUGAAAACUAGAUGAUCAUUUGGGGCAUUUAUUACCCCAAAUGAUCUCCAGUUUCAAACCGUAUGUUUUAUUUCAAUGAUAUCUCUUUAUUCCUAGAUUCAGGCUAAACACAGACCACCGGCCACAUAUGGAGAGUGCAGCUUGCUGCCUGCCAGGUACUCUAAAAAAUAGAGGGAUUCUCAAGUACCAGAAUGGCCACAAAAUAUGGCCUGUUCAUUGCAUUUGACUUGGUGAUUUGCCAGCCGUGCAGGCCCCUACUAGACUAGAACAGAAUGCAUAUGUCAUAAGCUAGAACACCAGGGGUGGCAAGCUAGAAUGGCAAAAGAUUGCUUGAUAUUAAUUGUGUUGGACUCCUUUCGGUCUGCUACAUCUUCUGAUAGGCAAUUGCUGCCUGGAAGAUACAACACAAGAUCAUCUUGCAUGACUGCUUCCUUGCUCUGUGACAUGGCUCUUCCCAGAAUCCCAGUUGUCUUGGAAAAGCAUUGUUUCAAGUUGUUGCAUCUUCGACAUACACGCAAUCAAAGGAACAGGGGCCUGGUAUAACGGAGCACCUGCCAGGGCCAAGGAUCCCACUACCAGUCUUCCUAGCCCUGCUGCACUGCUUCCUUUUGCAGCUUGUCCCUGUUCACCUGCCUUCUCUGAGUGAGCAAUAAGCAAAAGAGCAGUAACCCAACACCUUAUUGUCUCCAGCUGGGAGGUGCUGCACUGGGAAGAGAUUUCAUUCCGCAGGGACUCCUGCAAAAUCCUUACCAAACACUAUUAAGUCCCCACUGCUGGAAACUGCCAAGGUGGCAAGGAGGAUCCAAAAAGGAUAUAGAUAAAUUGAUCUCUGGUAGUGAGAAUCUCCUAAGACACUAUCCAGCCAUUAUUUCUGUAACUGUCAGUCAUUUCUGAUCCUUUACAACAGCAGAAUGCUAUCUUUAUAUUCUUGCUCAUUUUCUCAUUUCCAUAACUGAGAUAGUCUCAUUUGCUUCUUUUCUCCCAGUCACAAAACAUGAUUAGAUGGCCAGUCCUCAGAUUACAUUAUAUAUUUAAGUUGACAAAUCAGCUCUUAAAAUGUUAAACUCCCUUUUCAUCACACAGACAAAUUUUAAAUGUGGAAUUCUUCAGUUUUCUAGCAUACGUUCAAGAAAAUGUUCUCACUAAAUUGUCUUUAGCCAUUGCAUCUAUAUAUUUUUAAAUAUGGGGUGUUUCCCUAAUACAUUGUUAUUAGAAGCAUGAUUCCACUUUCUGUAUGGAAGAACACUACAAAGUGUACUAUAAAACCUCUUACGCUUUCUCUUCUGUGAACAAAAGUAUGUAGAAAAAUUAUGUGUAUUAGCAUAUCUGCAUUAGUAGCGCAUUUGAAUGUCUUAUCAAAAUAGCUGUCAUUUCAGGUUAAAAGUGCUAUAAACCUGCAAUCCUGAGAUUUCGGUCUAUAAAUUAUCCACAAAAUUAUCAUACCAAACUUUUAAAGUUUUCCAUCCUGUUCCCUAAACUUCUACAGGGAUAUUAUUUCACUUGGAUAGUAAGAUAAUUAUAUUAAUCUAGGUGAGCUAAAUUUUGCAUAGCAAUACAGUGGUUUACAAGAAAGAACUUCUUUCGGAUGGAGGUAUGUGAGUGAUCUGAUUAAUUCCCUUGAUGUAAUUUGCUCAGUGUGCUUGCAGCCAAUGAAGGGAGAUAACUCGUGGAUGGCAGCAGCUCCUUAGAAAUACAUCAUGCAGCAAACCAACCUCUUAAGGCUGUAUUCUUGCCCAUCUGAAUCCCUCUGAAGUACAUGAAACUAAGGCAACUGCAAAUAUGUUGGCUGAAGUACUGUUUGGGCUACUGAACUGGCUGUUAUGUGUACUGAAUAUUUAAAUAUAAUCAGACUUCAGUAACUAGUUUUUAAAACUCUGCUAUAGCACUGUUGCUAUUAUUGUGAGGUUUAUAAUUUUUAAAAAAGCUUAUUUCCCCCACCCCAUCUUCAUCAGCCCCCCCAAAAGCAGUAUAAUUUUGCUGGGCAUGCUCUCUGCCACUUAGAAUCCAUCCCUAUUCUCCCAAAUAAUAGCAAAUUAGGUUUGGUGUCUAAGGGAACCUUUUAGAAAUAGAAUGUGAUGCUAUACCUACAGGCUUUUGUAUGAGCCCUAUGCUAAAUUUAAAGGAAGUGGCACAUGAAUGUUCACUUGUAAGUACCGUAGAAACUGGUAAAGUGAUAGAUGUUUGCCAGAUGAGAGUAAGAAACACAAUUUUUCCAUGUUUUUUCUGCUGCAGGGUUGGUUGAUUGUUGUUUACAGAUCUUGAUCAAUAGAAAUUUAAGGGAAAGGUUCUGCUCUGUGCCAUAUUACAGAGACCCAAACUUUUACCCUGACAGCAAAACUUGCUUUGCUUUCUCUGGAAGUUUCCAUCUGAACCCAAUCAUGGAAAACCAAAGCAACUUACCAUAAACCUGGAAAUUAAAAAUGAUGGCAGAGUUUAUAAAAUACUGUGAGCUGGAUGUGGAUUAAGUUGAAUUUAGUUCCUAUUGAAAUAAGCGACAUGAUUUAAGUCAUGACAGAUGUUUCAUACUGAUUUCAAAAGGAACUAAAUUCAACUAAGUGCAAUACUAUAGAUGUUUACUCAGAAGUAGGCCCUGUUGAGUUGCCAGGUAAGUUGGUAUAGGAUUGUAGUCUUAAACUGGAUCCAUCCCAGUGCUAUUAAAAAAACUCAACCAAUGCUCUAAGCACCUUGCAGUAAUCCAAAUAAACAAGCGUUGAAAUAUAUUAUUAAAAGAUGUAAUUUUCUUGCAGUGAUGUAACUGCAGUAGCAAAACUGCAUUAUUUACACACUUUAAAAUCCACAGCACAUUGUGUAAAGGUUGUUGGGCAUAAUGCUACAAUAUUCAUCUCUGCUUUGAUAAUUCAUCAAAUAUAUUGUAAAAAAAUAAAUAAACAUCCGAUCAUUGUAAUCUCAUUCAAUUUCUUCCCUGUGCAAGACUACAAACCUCACUUAAAGUCCUGGAGCAGAUCACAGCUUUUCACUGUUGCAUCUCCUGAGUACUGUGCUCUUCAAAAAGUGUCAAAUAAAACACAGUAAACUGUGA